AUGUCUGCGAACUCACAACAAAGUACAAACAAACAGAUUUUACAUUGGAAUUAUUAUAAAAACAUGGAAAAAAGCCCAGGUUUUAUGGGACGUUCUUCAGAUAUUGCUGGAAACAGUCAUAAAGUGGUUAAAAAAAAUGAAUAUAAAGAAGAAGAUUUUAGUCGGCUAGCAGUAAAAAUUAAAAUAAGUCUAGAAGA